CCCCUCCAUUUCGCAGUCUUUCACCAGCGCUACUGAAAAUUAUAAAAUCCCCAUUAUCUCAAACCCCUCUCCUCCAUUAUUGUUGAUUGAUCUCGCUUAAAUUCUCUCUCUCGUCAUCUUUUUGAUAACUAUUUGAGAAAACCAUAAUGGCAGGAAAACGGUUUUUUAGCGACUCGAAAUCCGACAAAGAUCUGCCGGAGGAGAUCCAGAAGAGGCCCAGAAUUUCUCUAGCUUCUGUUGUUGGAGAAGUAGUUAUGGUCAACUCCCUGCAGAACCUCUUCUCAUCCUUGGAACCUUUGCUGAGGAGAGUGGUGAAAGAAGAAGUGGACCACGGUUUAAGAAGAUGCACUCGCUCUUUAACUAGGUCAUCAUCGAUAAGAAUCCAAGCCCUUGAACCGUCAAGCCUACAACUAGUUUUCUCCAAGAAACUCUCACUUCCAAUCUUCACCGGAAGCAAGAUUCUAGACAAUGAAGGAAAUCCCCUUCAAAUCAAUUUAGUGGACAAAAGUAACGGCAAUGAUCAAAUGGUGCAUGUUUCUCUCCCUCAUCCAAUCAAAAUAGAAAUACUCGUUCUUGAUGGGGAUUUUCCUCCGAGAGAUGAUACUUGGACGAGCGACCAAUUUGAUAAUAGCAUUGUCAAGGAGAGAACCGGAAAGCGGCCGUUGCUUUACGGGGAAUUGACCGUCACUUUGAGGGACGGCUUUGUGGUGGUUGGAGACAUCGAGUUCACCGAUAACUCGAGCUGGAUUCGGAGCCGCAAGUUUAGAAUUGGCGCGAGGGUGGUCCCCCGUGCAAACUCUCAGGGUUUGAUGAUUCGUGAGGCCAUGACCGAGCCUUUUGUUGUCAAAGAUCAUCGUGGAGAAUUAUACAAAAAACACCAUCCUCCACAGUUGGAAGACGAAGUCUGGAGGCUGGAAAAGAUUGGCAAAGACGGAGCUUUUCACAAAAAGCUUUCUUCCAAGGGUGUUACAACAGUGCAAGACUUUCUAAAGUUGUCUGUUAUCGACGCGCAAAAACUUAGAAAAAUUUUGGGUGUUGGGAUGUCGGAAAAAAUGUGGGAAGUUACUCUAAAGCAUGCAAAGACUUGUGAAAUGGGUCCCAAAUUGCAUAUUUACCGUGGAAGAGAUUUAUCUAUUGUUCUCAACCCCAUUUGUCAAGUUCUUAAGUUUGAGGUUAAUGGGCAAGUUUACUCUACUCGGGAAAUAAGUUACAAUUUUAGUAGGGCCUAUAUUGAAAGUUUGGUAAGGGAAGCUUAUGAUAACUGGAAUUCGCUAGAAGUGGUGGAAGGAAUUAUAUAUAUAUAUUUUUUGACAGGUGAUCACAUGAUUAUGGACCAGCAAUAUCCAAACAAUGCUCAACAAGGAAAGAUGAUAAAAGGGAUUGAGCAAAAUGGGCACCAAAAUCUUGAUGAUAAAUCAAUGAUGGGCGUUGGCUACUUCCUUCCAAGCAAUGUACAGAUGGACUGCACUGAUUGGAUGCAAGUGAACACGCCAUAUAUAUAUGGAAUGAGUACUGUUGAAAGUACUGGCAACCGAGCUUCCAUGUCUGAUUGUUCUUCGGAUUGUGAUUUAGCACCUCAAGGUCUAUAAUUUGAUACUUAUAAUAUAAUGUUGCUGUGUAUAAAUAGAAAUUACUUUAAUGUCUCUCUAGGAGAAUGCUUAGUGCAAAUGCUUAGGUCAUAUAUAUAUAUAUAUAUCCCAAUAGCAUUUUAGACUUUUAGUGCAUGGCCAAGAGACAGAAAUAGAGGAGAACAACAAGGCCUUAAGUUUCCUCCAACAAAUAGAAGAAAGGAAAAAAAAAAAAAAAAAUCCCUUCUUGUAUUCCUGUUUUAUAUGCUGUCCAGAACUACACGUAUUUGCUGGGACUGGGGAUCGUAGUUAUGUAAAUAAAUCCUCGUGCUUUUUUUGAAUGAAAUGAAGUUUUCGAGUUAUGGACUUUUUAGUUA